UGUCACCUUCAGUAUCUGCCUCACAGGAUGCGAUAACUUCAGUUUGGACGUACAAGUGCGAGCUCAGAUCGAAGCAAUCAUCCCGCAGCCGGAAGUAGGUGGGAUCGUAUUUAAGAAAACUUUGGAGAGCCGAGACAGAGCGAGAGAGAGGGAAGCAGCGGCGACGUUGAGCGGCCAGAGGCAGCCCAAGACAGGGACCGUCCCGAGUACGACCAUGUUGCUCACCGUGCUGAGAGCCACGCUGUUCCUGCUCAUUGCAGGCUGCGGCGCGUUAGCAGAUUAUUCGCUUCAUGAACUACCAUAUGGCCAUGAAAUAUGCCUGCUAAAGGCCGAGCCUGGACGCUGUAAUGCUUUGAACAAGAGAUAUUUCUACAACAUCUUAACACAAAAAUGUGAAGAGUUUAACUACGGUGGAUGUGACGGAAAUGAAAACAACUUUAAAACCCAGAAGGAAUGUCUGGCCAAGUGUAAAGUGAAGGAUCGGAGAAACCCCUGUUAUUUGGAAGCUGAUGGAGGACCAUGCCGAGCGUAUUUUCGUCGGUACUUCUAUAAUCGACAUACGAAAAAGUGUGAGCAAUUUAUAUAUGGGGGUUGCUUUGGAAACAGAAAUAACUUCCAAACACAGCAGCAUUGUGAAGAUGUAUGCCAAAAAGCAAAUGGAAUGCCUUCGGAUAUCCCAGUCAUCUGCAGGCCCCCAGCAGACAGAGGCAACUGCAACAAAACUAUGACCAGAUUCUUCUAUAAUCAUCUCACUGGCCUCUGUGAGACCUUUACCUACAGUGGGUGUGGUGGAAAUCAAAACAAAUUUAAAAGAAAACAGCAAUGUAAUAAGACCUGCAGAAAAGAAAUCAAUCAUUGAAGCUCCUAAGACUGGCUGUAAAUACAGACAACAUUCAAAGAAACUCUGAAGAAAAUCAGAUGACUGCAGGAGGCCUUGGAAUCAUUUGCCAUUAAAGAUGCAAUAGUUUUGCACUAUUAAUAUCUUUGUUUUCAUGACUCUACUUAUCUGUUGAUAUUUGUUAAGGCAGUUUAAGUUAACCUGAUAGCAUGACCUGAUAAGUUAACAAUAUUUAUCAAAAAGCAAUUAGAAAGAACACAACUCCAAACCGUAUAUGCAAUGACAGGAUGAUGGAGUAGCUGUUGGGUCUGAGAUUUCCCCAGGGCAGCAUAGAUAUCUUUAAAGAACUGAAUAUGGCACAUUACUGGGCAACUUGCAUUAGACAUCGUAUAAAGCCGCAAAUCAUAUUUAGAUACCAGGA